UUUUGUCAACAUACUUCUAGAAAUUGGAUCACGCGAGUUUGUCGGACUCGUCUCACGUUUUUUAUUACGUUUUUCUUUUUUUAUAGUGCAGUAUUUUAGUGUUUGAUGUGUUUACUACUUCCACAAAAUGUCUGGAGAGCUGGAAACGCCCAUGCUACCGGCAACGAAUGCUGAAUCGAGCAAAAUAAAUGCCAUCGACAAGGAGACGGUCCAUCGCAUCUGUUCCGGGCAGGUAGUGCUUAAUCUGGCCAUAGCUGUGAAGGAAUUGGUGGAAAAUUCGCUCGACGCCGGUGCAACGCUGAUCGAGGUGAAGCUUCGCGGAUGUGGCGCCGAACUGGUCGAAGUGUCCGAUAACGGGAGCGGUGUUGAGGAAAAGAAUUUCGAAGGACUGACGGCCAAAUACCAUACCUCCAAGCUGAAGGAAUUCACCGAUCUGGAAUCGAUCGAAACGUUCGGCUUUCGGGGGGAAGCGCUCAGCUCGCUGUGUGCGCUGUCCGAUAUGAUUAUCACCACGCGCCACAGCACGGCCCCGCACGCCACCAAGCUAACGCUCAAUCACGAGGGACGCAUCCAAACGCGAGCACCCUGUGCCCACCCCGUCGGCACAACGGUCAGCCUGACGAACCUGUUCGCGACACUGCCGGUGCGGAAGAAAGAGUUCCAGCGCAACAUUAAGCGCGAGUUUCAGCGCAUGUGCCAGAUACUGCAGGCGUACUGUCUGGUGUCGGUUGGUGUGCGCAUCAUCUGCACGAAUCACACCGCCAAAGGGGGCAAGUCGGUGAUCAUGAGCACGCAGGGCUCGUCCCGCGUGCUCGACAACGUGACGGCCCUGUUCGGCACGAAGCAGACGGCAGAGCUGAUGCAGCUCGUACCGUGCAUCGGCGGCAACGGAAAGAUACAGGAUCUGGAAGCGAGCGACUUUGACGAUAGUAUGGCACUGACGCAGGAGGAGGUGGACAACUUUAACCUGUCCCGGUACAAGAUCGAGGGAUACAUCUCGAGCUGCGCGCACGGGUCGGGCAGAAGCACCAAGGAUCGGCAGUUUUACUUCAUCAAUUCGAGACCCUGCGAGCCGAAGCAGAUUAGCAAGCUUAUUAACGAUGCUUACCACCGGUACAACGUGCAUCAGCAACCGUUUGUGUUUCUGAAUCUGAUGCUGGACCGGUCGGAGGUGGAUGUGAACUUAACGCCGGACAAGCGGCAGGUGCUGGUAAACAACGAGAAGAUCCUUAUGCUGGCGAUAAGGAAAUCGAUCAAGAAAACGUUCCAAACAGUGCCGUCUUCCUUUACGAUGCAGAACCAGAAUUUGAGCGAUACAAGCCGGCUGCUUAACAUUUCGCUACCCUCCGACAAGGACGACGAGGAAGAGAAUGGUGAGGAGCGGGAAGAUUUUCUCAACUCGAGCUCAAGCGAUAAAUGUACGGCCGGGGAUUUGCUGUUUACGUUUCAACCGCCAAAAAUGGCUAGUGGCUUUGGCGGUGGCACCGGCGGAGGACAAAAGCGGAAGAGAAGCUCCAAUUGCAGUGGCGGAAUGCAGAAGAUGAUUGAUUUCCUGAACAUAACGAAAGCUUCGCAGAAAAGCUGUAACGAUAGCAUGACAGAUGAGGAAGAUGCGAUGAUGCGCUCGUCAAAGCAGGCGAAGAAUGAAGAAAAUCCGUACGAUUUGACCAUUCUGAAAGAGCCGAGCAUUGAGGAAAGAGUCGAACACGUUGUAAAGGAAUCGAUUAAAGUGAUAAGGUGUACAAACGGCAAAGAACAAGACCCACUAUCCCAAGAAGAGCGGCAAGGGGACGAACAUACGAUAAAGGAUAAUGCUGGGACAUCCUCUCAAGAAUCCGUCACUGAGCUCGUUUCCUUUCUGAGCUGUAAAACGGAAGCAUCGGACUCCUCUUCUCCGUCUCUCUCACAAACCAGUGCAUCGCGCGCAGUCGAUGAUGGGAUGGAAAUUAUACCAGAAUCUAGCAGUGAAACGUUGUUUUCCCUUGCCGAAUUCGCCGCCCCAAUCAAACGGGAACCAAGCGACAAAAGCAUUGCAUCCUCCAUCUCCACCAGCCAAUCGAUCCUGCUCGACGACGAGCUGUCCGACGAGGAGCGGCAAGCGGACGAUAUGUGGCACCGCAAUCAGCAGCAGCUGUCCGUAAGCUGGGAUUCGCUCGAGCAGCUCAUCAAGCGCGAGCAAACGUUACAAUCCGCCCGCACCGCAGAUCAAAACUCGUUGACACGGUUGCGGUUCAAGAGCAAGAUCAACCCGACCAGCAACAAGGCGGCCGAAAGUGAGCUGCAGACGGAAAUAACGAAGGACGAUUUCGCCAAGAUGGAGAUCGUGGGACAGUUUAAUCUCGGGUUCAUCAUCGUCCGGCUCGGCGACGAUCUGUUCAUCGUCGAUCAGCACGCAACGGACGAGAAGUACAACUUUGAGGAUCUGCAGCGGACGACGGUGCUGCAGAACCAGCGGCUUGUCGUGCCGCAGCCGCUCGAGCUGACCGCCGUCAACGAGAUGGUGCUGAUCGAAAAUUUGGACGUGUUCGAAAUGAACGGGUUCAAGUUCGAGGUGGACGGUGCGGCCCCGACGACGAAGAAGGUGCGGCUGAUGGCGAAACCGUACAGCCGGAACUGGGAGUUUGGCAAGGAGGACAUCGACGAGCUGAUCUUUAUGAUGCAGGACGCCCCGAGCACGGUCUGCCGGCCGUCCCGUGUGCGGGCCAUGUUUGCUUCCCGGGCCUGCCGCAAGUCGGUCAUGAUCGGGCGAGCACUGUCCGUGCGGGAGAUGGAGCGGCUGAUACGCCACAUGGGAGAAAUCGAUCAACCGUGGAACUGCCCACAUGGCCGUCCAACGAUGCGACACCUGGUGAACUUAGCAAUGAUCCGCCAAAUCGAUCCAAUCCCCCCAAACAAUCAAAUCAAGGAUGAAUUUACGGAUGAUAACAAGUGAAUAGAACCCCGAUCAUUUAGUUUUACAAGCAGCACUCACCGUCGUUGUGCUCCUGUGAAUGUAUUCCUAUUGCCAUUAAACGCUUAUCGUACGGAAAACGUUGAA